AUGUCUCUCAUGAAGCUCGGAAAAGAACCAUAUAGCGAUUUUCAGGCUUUAUCUCAAGUCGGCGAGCUGGCUGAUGCAAUGUUGCUGUACGCGUUGGCACUAAAUCGCUCGAUUGCAGCUGGAGUACCUGAUCCAACUGGCUCUCAGUUAGUGCAGUUCUCCAAAGGGGAAUUUCAAGGGUUCACUGGAACGCUCAUCAUCAACGAAAAUGCUACUCGAGAUCCAGUAUUUCUUGUGUAUGGUCUCGAUUCUGCUGGUCAACAAAUCGUUAUGAUGAAAAUCACGGAGAAAUUGGACAACAACAGCAUUGCACUGAUCGAGGAAGUGCAACCUCCAUCGGUAAUUUGGGCUACAUAUGGUGGUGCUCCUCCACUCAGUCGUCCGAUAUGUGACUACGACGGGAGCGCCUGCCCAUUGUCCUUCGUGGAACAGUACCUAGCCAUUACCCUGGCCGCUGUUAUCGUACCGAUUUGCAUAAUCAUCGCUGCGGUGUUCUUCAUCAUGAGUUAUGUGCAAAGCACGAACGCGAGAAGAGGAGCGCCUGAAUCGGCUAUGGCAAAUCCCUUUUGUGAUGCUUAUGAAGCCUAA